AUGACUUGCGCGGAAGCUUCAGAAACCGAUAAAACAAAAUGUGUCAAGGCGCGGACAAGCAGACUGCAGUGUGACGCAGAUGCUGGCAAUCUCAACAAGCGCUUGCAGCGCAUGAAGCUACAGGUGGGGCACACCUACGCUUUCCACAAUGCCCCUCAGAGGCGCUUCCUGCGCAUGUCCGAGUGGGAUGUGGACAGCAGCGGCGAGAUGGAUGCGAACGCCUUGCCCAUAUGGUGGACCUGGGAACAGUUCUUGGUGGUGGAUGCUGGGGACGGCCGGGUGGCCCUUCACAACGCUGCGUGGAAUGCAUUUGUGCAGAUCACUGACCAACACGAUGUGAAGAAAUCCUGGCAGAAGAAUGCCAACGAGCUACCCGCAGAGUGGCAGUGGGAACGCUUUGAUGUGGUCGAUGCUGGCGAUGGCAAAGUGUCCUUCAGAAGCCAUUCGUUUGGCUGGUACUUGCGAGUCAACGGUGGGACCGUAGAUGCCACCACAGAACCUGUGGGUGAUUUGGAGAUCUUCACGCCCAUAGAUUUGACCAAUACGCCUUCCCUGGUUUUCGGCCAAACUUACGCUUUCCACAAUCUCAUGCACAAUCGCUUCUUGCGCAUGACCGGCGGCGAUAUAGAUAGCAGCGACACAUGCAGUGUAAAAGAUCUCCCCGCAUCAUGUUUGUGGGAAAGGUUCCUAGUGGUGGAUGCAGGCUACGGCCAGGUGGCGCUGCAGAACCCUGCGCAUAAGUCCUUUGUGCUGGUUGGGGAUCAGGGUGAUGUGACGAAGAGCGUGCCAAGAGACUCCAGUCAGCUGUCUAGCGCAAAUUGGGAACUGCGAGAGCGCUUCCAGAUUGUUUUUGCUGGAAACGGGCAGGUCGCCUUGAGAAGUGUGUUUUCUGGCCGUUUUCUGAGCGUGGAAGGCAUCCACGUGAAUGCUCACCCAACACACGUGGGAUCCUGGGAGACGUUCACAGCUGUGGGUGUGCCAGGUCCGCUACAGGUGGGGCACACCUACGCUUUCCACAACGCCCCUCAGAGGCGCUUCCUGCGCAUGUCCGAGUGGGAUGUGGACAGCAGCGGCGAGAUGGAUGCGAACGCCUUACCCACAUGGUGGACCUGGGAACAGUUCUUGGUGGUGGAUGCUGGGGACGGCCGGGUGGCCCUUCACAAUGCUGCGUGGAAUGCAUUUGUGCAGGUCACUGACCAGCACGAUGUGAAGAAAUCCUGGCAGAAGAAUGCCAACGAGCUACCCGCAGAGUGGCAGUGGGAACGCUUUGAUGUGGUCGAUGCUGGCGAUGGCAAAGUGUCCUUCAGAAGCCAUUCGUUUGGCCGGUACUUGCGAGUCAACGGUUGGACGGUUGAUGCCACCACAGAACCUGUGGGUACAUGGUCGUCACAGGCGGGAGCUUGGAAUGCUUUCGUACCUGUGGACAUGAGCCAAAUGUCUUUGGCUGUCGAAAACGCUUUCAUGACACCUGUGAACUCUGCGAUCCUUGGCAAUCAAUCUGACGUUCCUCCUUCUGCCACCUUGGCUGCUUCCCUCACAGAGAAUAGCCACUCUCCACAAGCCAACAGACCAAGCGAUGCGGUUGCAACCUUCGACAUCAGUGUCAGGAAUGGCAACGAGGUUUGCGCCCGCCGUACCGAUCAUGUCGUGGACUGGAACAUCGACUUGAGCGUUUCGUGCCAGGACAAGUCGCAACACCAGGUGGUGGUCAUCGGCACGAGUGCAGAGAAGAAGCGGUGUGUGAAGGUACAUGCAAGUAGAGACCUUACAUGCCUCGAAGAUGCGGGGAACUCUCCCUUCCGCAAGAAUAGCGAUGGGCACCUGGACCCUCCUGGGACCGAGUUCGAGAUCACGGUGGAGAAGAUUGCUGGGCACGGGACCUACGUGUGUGCGAAGCGCGUCGAUGCGGACUCGGGCUGGGCGAUGCACUUGGCAGUGGGCUGUUUCGCUGGCACCCUGGUGGAGGACAUCUCCAGCCUUUCAGAUGGAAGCUGGAAGAUGUUGAUCAUUGAUGAGGCCAUGGCCGAGCUGCACAACCUCUUUCGCAACCCGGGCUUCGAGCCGACGCGGUGCGCCAUGGAGAACGUCGUCGAUCCUGUCGUUGAGAAGGCAAAGGUUCUGGUCCAGGAUACCUUCAAAUGGCUGGACCAGCUGGUGCUCGAUCUCAUCCAGGAGUCGGCCGCCUUUCUGGGAGGCUCCGCUCGCCUGCUACUCGAGGUGCUCGGCCUAGCCAGCUCCGUCGAAGCCUUGACGGACAUCAUGAACGGCAAGGCCGCCGAGGCGUGCGACGUCACCCUGAAGGAGACCUCUGAGCGCAUGUACCAAGGCCUUCCGGUGCCGCUCUCAACACAGACGCAGAUGCUCAUGGACCUGGUCCCAGAGGUCGCAAUGAGUAUCAUGAGAAGCUUUGCAAGCACCUUGCUUGACUUCUUGUCAGACACGUUCAUCCAGCAGCCCGCCAACUUCAUCAUCAACCAGAUACAGAGCGCACUCCGCGCGGGGAUGGAAUAUCUUACCGGACUUUGCGGCCUCAUCCCAGAGGUUGGCGGCAUCAUUUGCAUGGUCUUCACCGGUGCUCUGACAGCUGCCGAGGAGUGGCUUGGGGGGCCUUUGGCCUCGUUCCUCACAAACCUAAUGAAAGACAUUGGGGCGAAAAUCCUGGACGCAAUCUCUGGGUUUACCAACUUGGUUGCGCAAGAUAUCCAGGACGCUGUCAACAGCAUCCCCGCGUUGAUCAGUGAGCUUCUUGCCAGCUUCGCAGGAGAGCACCAGUGGCUCAACGUCAUCUUGCACGGCCCCAUCAUGGAGCCUCUUGUCAAGGCCCUGACGGGCAUCAUGCACUUCUUCAGCUCCUUGGUCGCUGGUAUGUUCCCAGGGCUCCAGGAGAAGUUUGACGCCUGCAAGGCCCGCGUGGAGAAGCUCGUGACCCACUGGCCCAAUCAUAACCACGCAUUGCUGUCUUACAGCGCCAAUCAAAGCGACAGCAGUCAAAGCAGCAGGUUGCUGGAGGCCAAACAAAAGCAACUGCUGCAGACGGACCUUGCCAGCGUUGCGACCACAGUGAGGGCGCUUCCCCUUGCACGGAGGCCUCGCGAAGCCACAGCCGGUGGAUCUUGCCGGCCCCACACAGGGGAACUGAUUUGCCUGCAUGUCCGUGAUUCCUAUGGCUUCCGGCAGCCCCUUCUCGUGAAACCAUCUAUCAAGGCCAUCCGUGAACGUGCCCUGUUGCUGUGGCAGCAGGAAGAUUGUGUAAGGCUCGACGUGAACGGCACCAAGAUCACCGAGGCCAACAUGGAGUCACUUGGAAGAGUGGUCCUCUACUUCGAGCACCAGAACGGAACGCCGAUGACACUGACCGAGCACUCGGCCCUGCACUCGGCCCUGGAUGCAAACCUGACAAACCAGCCAAAGCACGUGCCGGACGUGUAUCUUGGCUGGUUGCGGCUCGGCAGCCGUGUCAAGCGCCACUUCAUGAAGUACCUGCAGGAGAAGAAGCCUACUGAAGGCAUAUCCUUGGUCCAGUUUGACUUCUUCGCAGGGCUCGUUGACUGGGUGGGUGACGGCAUUGAGACCAUUGGCACCUGGGCCUUUGACACCACUGCGGAUGUUCUAGACUUGUUCGGCGCGGAAGCAGCUGCAGAUUGGUUUCGGGACUUGGCAGACCUGCCGCCUCUCCUGAACCAGCUGAUCGACAAAACCGUUCCUUUCGUGAAUUGUCUUGAGUCGCUGCCUGAACCCAUUCACUUCCAACAGCUUGUCCACCUCGCUCUCAACUUGGAGGAGCUGCCUCAAACCAUGUAUCAGCAUGUUAUUCAACGGCCUUUGGACGGUUUGAUGACCUGGGCUGACAUGCUUCUUGGCAGUUUGCUCAGAAACGAGCAGUUGGUAGACGUGCGCGUUGGCCCCUCCGGGUCAAGCAAGAAGUGCAUAGAAGGCCGCGGGAAGCACCUCGUCUGCGCAGCAGAUGCGGCCAACGAGCAGAAGCGGCUGCAGGGUGGCUCGGGUGGCACCUUUGAGGUCAGGGUGGAAGGCGACCGAAGGGUGUGCGUGCAGCGCACUGAUGUGGAUGCUGGCUGGGCCAUGGACCUGGGCAUUGCCUGUAAAGACACAUCCCUGCACCACGUCGUCUAUGUGGGAGCCUCGGACUGGGGUCAGAAAUGCGUCCACGUUUAUGCUCGAGGACUCUACUGCCCACCGGACGCGGCAGAUCGAUCCAUUCGGAUCAACUCGGAUGGAUGGGAUGCCCCGGACGACUUCCAUGUGUGGACAGAGGGGGACUUCAUCUGCGUCAAACGCACGGACGCGGACGCGGGAUGGAGCAUGAACUUGGCAGUCGAAUGCUACGCAGACUACUUCACCGAAGACCUAACCGCACUUGCAAGUGGAAAGUGGAAGCUGCCCAUGCUCAACAAAGUGUGGGAUCAAGUUCACCAGCUUACGCUUCUUCCUGGCAUGGAGAUGGGCCGCUGUGGCUUUGAACAUUUCCUGCUGCCUCUGAAAGGCGAGCUUUUUGAUACGGUUCAGAAGGGCUUCCAGCUGGUGGAUCAAGUCAUCAUGUGGAUGGUCGAAGGCUUGGGGGAGCUACUGGGCCAAGCCCUACAAGGCGUUUUGUGGCUGUUGGGCUUGCAGGACGCCGUGGCAGUGGUUGGAGACAUCGUCAACAGCGAGAUCGCCUUGCAGUGCGAAGCGACGAUGGAUCGAACACUGGAUGCACUCAUUGCCGAGCAGGCCAAUCCCAUGACUGUCUUUGGCGUCAAGGGCAAGGUGAUGCUGGAGGCCCUCCCUAACAUUGCUGCCCGGUCUAUGGGUACCCUGGUACGCUACCUCCUCCGAAAGCUGGGAAACAAAGUCGUGGAGCCUUUGGCCUUCCAACUUGUUGGUGGAGUCCAGGCAGCCAUGGGGGCCGCCGAAAAUGGCGUCGACGGACUCUGUGGGCUGAUCCCAGUCGCAGGUGGCAUCGCUUGCUCCAUCCUCACAGCAUUCGUAGCCGUGGCCCAGAAGUUUGUGAGCCCCAUAACGAUGAACUUCAUCGUCGACGUAGCGCAGAGGGUCUUCGACAUGAUUGCCAGAGGAAUCGAAGAGAUCCUGAGGGUCAUGUUGCAGACAGGAGGACGCAUCCUCGAUGCCAUAGUGGGUGGGCGGUCCGUGGACUUUGCCGCAGACAUCGCCACGAAGCUGGUCGAGUCCUUCAAAGAGGAGUUUGCUUGGAUUGGAAUCGUCCUCUACGGCCCAGUCAUGUUCACCAUCGAGGCGGCUUUCAAAAGCAUUGUCGCCUUCUUCAUGACAGUCGCAGAUCAAGUCUUUCCAGGCCUCAAGACAAAACUGGAAGACUGUGAGCAGCGUGCUACCAAGUUGCAGUUCACCUGGCGUAGCGCAAAGCUGGGUGCUUGA